AUGAGUCAAGAGCAACAACCGCAAUCAGGACUUGCACCUCCACCACCCCCUCCGUCAGCCACACUUCAAGAAAAGGAAUACACGGUUCAACAGCAACUCCACUUGCAAGAACGACAACAACAAGAAACGCCAUUACAGCAAGAUCAAGAUGGCUUUUUUGAUCAAUCGCCUCCUAUUGAGACUUUGCCUAAUGUUGAUCCAGACAAGACAAUGGCCGAAGCCGAGCCUGAACCAGUCUACUCUGUCGUGGAUGAUUUCGAGCUGAUUGCCAACAAAGAACUCAUCCCUAUUGACAAUGAAAUUACUGAAACCAAAUGUGAACAUUGGGAAAUCAAAGACUGGAGUAAAUUAGAUACACGUACCACUGGGCCUAUAAUGAAAGUUGGUGGUCAUGAUUGGAACAUCCUGUUGUUUCCCAAAGGCAACAAUCAGUCAGAAUGUGCUUCCAUCUAUCUUGAUCUGACCAACGCAAAGACCAACACUGAGGAAUAUGCUUGCGCUCAGUUCGUUGUCUGCAUUUCCAAAAUGUCAGAUCCUACCAAAUACACCUUACACAGUGCUCAACAUAGAUUUACUGCCGAGGAAUCAGAUUGGGGCUUUACUCGCUUUGUGCCUAUUACUGAUUUGUUCAAUGAAGCCACUGGUUAUUUGGAGGACGAUGCUGUUAGAAUCACGAGUAUCAUCCGCGUUGUCAAGGACACUACUGGUAUUCUCUGGCACAAUUUCAUCAACUACGACUCCAAGAAGAUUACAGGCUAUGUUGGAUUACAGAAUCAAGGCGCUACUUGUUACAUGAAUUCAUUGUUCCAAUCCUUGUUCUUUACCAAUUCAUUCAGAAGGGCAGUGUAUCAGAUCCCAACAGAGCGUGAUGAACCCACAAAAAGCAUUGCAUUGGCACUUCAACGAGUGUUUUAUAACCUUCAAUUCUCUAACUUGGCAGUGGGCACUACUGAAUUGACACGUUCCUUUGGCUGGGAUUCCUUGGAAGCUUUUAGACAGCAUGAUGUGCAAGAGUUCAACCGAGUGUUGCAAGACAACCUCGAGAUCAAGAUGAAAAACACACCGGCAGAUGGCGCUAUCAAAAACUUGUUUGUUGGCAGAAUGAAGAGUUACAUCAAAUGUAUUAACGUCAAGUACGAAUCAUCUCGAUCUGAAGAUUAUUAUGAUAUUCAAUUAAACGUCAAGGGCUGCAAAAACCUCGAGGAAUCCUUCCGUGAUUAUAUUGUUGAAGAAACAUUGGAGGGCGAUAACAAGUACAUGGCAGAGGGGUAUGGCUUGCAAGAUGCCAAGAAGGGUGUUAUUUUCGAGUCCUUCCCUCCUGUGCUGCACUUGCAAUUGAAGAGAUUCGAAUACGACAUGAUGAGAGACAUGAUGGUCAAAAUCAAUGAUAGACACGAAUUCCCCACAGACAUCGAUCUUGAACCUUAUCUCAGUGAGAAUGCCGAUAAAUCUAAGGGCCACAAGUACGUUCUUCACGGUGUGCUUGUUCAUAGCGGUGAUCUGAGUGGUGGACAUUACUUUGCCUUUGUGAAGCCUGAAAAGAAUGGAAAUUGGUUCAAGUUUGAUGAUGACCGAGUGAUCCCAUCUACGCUAAAGGAAGUUUUGGAAGAGAAUUAUGGUGGGGAGCAGUUGGGCAUCCCAGGUGUGAAUGUGCGACCUAACGGGCGUCCCAUGAACCGAUUCACCAAUGCUUAUAUGUUGGUGUACAUCCGUGAAUGCAUGCUGGAUCAAGUGUUGGCCCCUGUGACAGAGCAAGAUAUCCCCAGACAUUUAGGUGAGCGUCUGGAAGAAGAGGCUCGUAUUCGGGAGCAAAGACGCAAAGACAAAGAAGAGCAACACCUCUACAUGAAGGCCUUCAUUGCUGACGACAACACAUUCAGAGCCAACACAGAAUUUGAUUUCGCUAAUUUCGACGAGAAGGAUGCUACUGACAAUCGUCUGUACGUGUCUCGUAUCCUCAAGAAUCAGACAUUUGGUGAAUUUAAAGAAGAUAUUGCAGUCGGCCUUGGCUUGCCUUCGUCUCAAUUCAGAUUGUGGCUGAUGGUCAAUCGACAAAACCGCACUGUUCGCAUUGAUAUCCCCAUCCCUGCUGAGGACAACGAUUCAACUGUAGAUGAGAUCCGCUUGAGAUAUGCCACAAAUCAACCCAACCUCAGACUGUAUCUAGAGAGAGCAUCUGCUGUGGAUGAGCACGGUCAAGCAGUCUUCCCUCCUCAGCCCCAGCAAUCUCCUGUCAUUUUGAUCUUUAUCAAGCUGUUUACUCCUGAGCAUCAAGAGAUUCAUGGUCUAAAUCGUUUGUACGUGCAAAAGGACGCCAAGGUCAAAACCAUCAUUAAUACACUGAAGCAAAUGGCUGGCUUCAAUCAGGAAGACGAAAUCAUCAUUUAUGAAGAAAUCAAGGCCACCAUGAUUGAUCUGGUUGACAUUGAAGCAACCUUCAGCCAAGCCGAACUUCAAGACGGUGAUAUCCUCUGUAUUCAAAAGCGAUUGUUACCUCAGGAGGAGGCCAUCAUACUUGAAAAUGGCGGUAAGACGACUGUUCCCUCAUUCAUGGGGUACAAGACUGGCCGAGUUAUUGUUCAGUUCUCGCCUGUGCAUCCUGACGGUGAGCAGCCCGACAUUCAACUGACAUUGCACAAGGACAUGCUGUACGAGGAUAUUGCUGCUAUCGUCGCCAGAGAAUUAGGUGUCGAUGGUGACAAACUACGCUUGAUCAACCCUUACAACACCAGCAAACUGCCACCCAAACGAUUUUCUGGAUUGAAGCUCGGCAAAAUCCUAGCCAACGCCUACAGUGGCGGUACACCCGUGCCAGCCAACAAAGCCACCCUUUUGUACGAAAAGUUGGAUGUAAGCUUGGAGGAAAUGGAAUCCAAAUGUCCAGUGACAGUUACUGUGUGUGCACCUACAUUGAAAGAUGCACAUAGUGUUGAAGUGUUACUGCCUAAAGACAGUGGCAUCAACGACUUGAAAGCAGCUCUGGUAGCCAAGGACGACAAGCUUGUGCAAGACUUGGAUCGCAUUCGCAUUUACGAUGAAAUGGAUGGCAAGUUUGACAAGGAAUACACGGACAAGUCAUGGAGAGCUGAUAUUGCCACACGACCCACACUCAAGGUGUUUGCCGAGAACAUCCCAGAAGAAGAGAUGGAGAGCAAUUUGCAGUCAACAGACCUAUUCAUCCAUGUGUUUCAUUUCCAACGCACACCCAACCGAACACACUCUAUUCCCUUCAAGUUCUUGCUUAAAGAGAACGAAUCUCUGGCAGACACAAAAAAGAGGCUCCAGGCUCGCACAGGUUUAGACGACAACGAAUGGAGCAAAGUCAAGAUCAACAUUGUGGCAGACGAUGAAGAAAAUACAACCCAGAUCAGCGAUCAAGACGAGCAGUUAUUUUCAACACACACAUACAAUGCAGGCGACAUGAUUGGAUUGGAUCAUAUCGACAAGAGCUCAAAGGUUGACAAGACAGGUGCUAUUUUCAUAAGAGGUUAA